CCAGUUCACCGCUUGCUUUGGCAAUUCAUUUCAAAAACAUCUUUCACCAUCAGUUACUGGAACCUGGGACCACUGUUUUUCCAGUAAGAACAUUCCUUUGUUACUGAAAGUAAAAUUUAAAAGUGGUGUUCAUUAGGUUCACUUUUCAAUUUUAAUUGUAACUUUCCAUUCCAUAUGUUCUACUCACCAAUAACAGACACUAUUUCUGUCUGUUUGCUGCACACAAAAAAACCCAAACAAAAACAGUACUUUAGUCUUAAGAGUCAUCAUGACCACUGAGAGGGAGACAAACACAGCACCUAUUGAGUUAAAGUUUGUUUCCCUGUCUUACUCAGCGGUAUUCUGGCAGCUUAAUAAAAACUGUAUGGAAAAUUUUUCUUGCUCACAUGUACCUCAGAUCCUUGCCUAGCAGACAACACUCUCUUCUCUCACCAAGACACCAUGAUGCAAUUAAGGACUUUAAUUUUCACAUCUGUUGUGCUCCCGUGGAUACUGUCUUCUGCAGCAAAAGAUGAGUACGUGGAAGCAAGAAAACCUAAGAGGGACAUUGUAAACCUUCCCGACUAUGGCUUCCUUCAAGACACCGACCCAGCAGUUCCAAAAGCUGAUGAGUUGCCAACAUGUCUACUGUGUGUUUGCCUGAGUGGAUCUGUUUACUGUGAGGAAGUGAAUCCUGAAAUGUCAGCCGUCCCAGCACUGCCAAAGGAAACUGCAUAUCUCUAUGCACGUUUCAACAAGAUCACAAAAAUACGCAAUCAAGACUUUGCGGACAUGGCCACAUUAAGAAGAAUUGACCUAAGUGGGAAUCUCAUCUCUGAGAUAGAAGAUGGAGCUUUUUCCAAACUUCCUAAUCUUGAGGAGCUCACUCUUGCGGAAAAUAAACUGACUAAACUUCCUACACUUCCCACCAAGCUAGUCUCAUUCAAUGCCAAUUUCAACAAGCUUAAAACCCAGGGUGUAAAGGCAACUGCUUUUAAGAAACUCACGAGACUGGUAUAUCUUUACCUUGGAAACAAUGAACUGACAGCAGUGCCCCAACUUCCAGAGUCUCUUCAUGUUGUGCAUCUGCAAAACAACAAGAUCUCAGCAAUAACAGAUGAGACGUUCUGCAAAGGUAACACCAGCCAUUACAUCCGGGCCAACCUGGACCAGGUGAGACUGGAUGGGAACCCGGUCAAGCUGUCAAUGCACCCUAACAGCUUCAUCUGUCUGCAGACUCUCCCUGUCGGAUGGUACAACUGAUAUUACCAAAGCAUGCUUUUGACCGAGCCAAACCUUAAGGGGGGAGGGGGGUUCUGUGUAAACUGAAGGAUGCAGAU